AUGAUCAGUGGGAGCAAACGAAGCUCUACAGAUGCAGGUUUCUCGGAACCAGACUUUGGACUUGAUCAAACUCCCACCUCUCAUUCUCUCCCGGCAGAUCCCCCAUACGGUCGCAGAAUGAGCUUAGAAGACACCAAAGCUCUUUAUCACGCCUCCAAACUUGGUGAGCCUGAACCGAAAUGGACAGUUGCUGAAUCAAAGUCUUCACGAAAGAAGAAGAGACGCAAGAUCGAUGAAGAAGACUCGGAGAACCACCCUAGUAUCAGCUUCCUACAUACAAAGCCUGCACGCGUACAGCUCAAAGCGUUGCAAGAUCUCGUCCUCUAUGUGCUGUCCGAUGGCGUUGCACCUACGUGGCUCGCUGUGAAUAACUCCCGGAAAAUCGAGAAGGUAGUGGUUGUAAUGAUCCCCGGCCUGGACCGUGACAUGUUGGACGAAUCAGGGAUAUUGAACCGUGUUCUUGCACACGAGGAGGCCGCACAUGGCGGAGAACCUGACCAGUCUCAAGCGAAUUCCGAUGCUCAAGACCGAACGGCACCCUCAGCAAACACUCCAUCGAAAAGCACCCCGCUGCCAGACGAAUUCGACCCGACUGAGAAUGGCGUUCUAAAGAGGCACCUGGCAAGUCGUCUUUUGGAACAUAUCAUCGAAGUGAAAGCCCCCGGAGACUCCAGAUCGAGCAGGGUGCAUUCGCCCUUGCAAGGUAUGCUCAUCGCACCUCUUCCAGAUACUAAGGAAAGGGGUAAUUCCAAAAACGAGAAAUCCUUCCAGGCUACUCGAACUCCCAUUGCCAAUUUCGUUCACUCGGCCGAUGAACUACGAGAAUCCGAAUACCCAGUCCAUCCGGCAGCCUUCAUCAAUCCAAAAGAUGCACAAUUAGAAAAGGAACGACGGGAACGGACUUUCCAAUCCAUCUCAUCCGGUUGGGUCGACACAAACGUCUCUGUCUCUCAGCCGACAGCCCCGGCCCCGUCUUCACAGUCCGAUCCUCUGACUCAAGGCUUGAAAGUCUACGCCAUAGACUGCGAAAUGGUACUGACCAACGACGACCAGUACUCUCUGGCUCGCAUCUCCGUGAUUAACUGGCAAGGCACAACCAUGCUGGACAAAUUCGUGAAGCCGUCACUGCCUAUCAAGGACUACUUCACACAAUACUCGGGCGUCACAGAAGAGCUCCUAAAAACUAUCACGACAACGCUGGAAGACAUCCAAAGCGAAUUGCUGUCAAUGCUCGGGCCGGACACGAUCCUGCUCGGCCACUCCCUCGAAUCCGAUCUGAACGCCCUGAAGCUCACGCACCCGUUCAUUGUCGACACGAGCAUCAUCUAUCCACAUCCGCGUGGGCUGCCACUGCGAUCGUCCCUCAAGUUCCUUGCCAACAGAUAUUUGAAGCGUGAGAUCCAAAAAGAGGGUGCCAAUGGUCACGACUCCGUCGAAGAUGCCCGUGCCGUUCUUGAUCUCGUGCGUCUCAAGUGCGAAAAGGGUCCGAAAUGGGGGACAUUGGACGCGAAUGGUGAGAGCAUCUUUCGACGAAUAGGCCGGAGUGCCAGGACAGAUGGGAGUGGGAAGAUGAGAGAAACGGCGAUCGUCGAAUACGGCACACCCGAGAGAGGGCUUGGCAAAGACACGACGUACCAAAUCGCAUGUGAGAAUGAUGAAGACAUUGUACAAGGAGUGUAUAGGGCCGUCAAUGGUGACUCUCUGGUGACCAGUGCGUCGGAAGGUGCUUCCAAUGGAACUGGAGAUGGAGGAGAUGAAAAGAAGCAAGGCACUGGUGAAAGAAUACCGCCUGGCGGCGUGGAUUUCGUCUGGGCUCGUCUUCGCGACCUGGAGACCGUGCAAGGCUGGAACACCCCUCCGCCUCCACUCGAUCCUUCCCACCCUCGUCCCCAAACCGAUCCUCCCGCCCCUAAUCCAGACCUCCUCCGUGCUGCUACCCGCACACUCACGCACCUACUCAACAUCUUCACCUCCCUCCCACCGGGUGCUCUACUCAUCACAUACAGCGGCACCAGCGAUAUGCGACCACUUUUGCGGCUGCAGCAGAUGCACGCACAAUAUCGGCGAGAAUUCAAGGUGAGAAAAUGGAACGAACUCAGCGUCAAAUGGACGGACGUGGAGGAACAGGCAUUACGCAAGGCCGUGGAGAACGCGAGGAAGGGCGUUGGAGUUCUUGCUGUGAGAUAG